AUGAAUCGUUAUAUUAUAUCACUCUUAUCGUGCAUCCUGCUCUUCUCCUCCGGACUCACAGAGCUACUCUACAAUCCGGAUGACAAUGUGUAUCAGCUUGAUUUUGCCACAUUUGAAACUCGACUUGGUGAGCCGACAGCGGGAAAGUUGGUAAAGUUUUUCAAUGGAUUCUGUAAAGAGAGCCAAGACUUUAUGCCCGCAUUUAGGAAACUAUCGCGUAACCUCUACAAGUGGCGACGUAUACUGAAAGUCCAUGUGUUUGAUUGUUCGAAGGACGAGAACAAUGAGAUCUGUCGAAGUUUUAGAAUCCGUAGAACACCAACACUGCGAUACUUUCCCAUGGCUUACCAGCGAAAUCCCGACGAUCUGGGUACCGAGAUCACCAGUCGGAAUGUGAAGGAAAUCGAGUCGGAGUUGGGCUUACUCCUUGGAAAAAUGAAGUACUUUAAAAUGUUUACCAAGGAGGACAAUAUAACGGAUAUAUUUCGGGACAACGCACACGUGAAGUACGUUGCCAUGGUCUUUCAAAUGUGCCUCUCCAAUUUUCUGCCGCACUUCGAAACGGGGAAUUCGAUGGAGGAAAGAUUUGCAUCCAUAGACGAUUGUAAUGAAGCCAAUCCUGUGGUUUCGUCCAUUGGAAGGAACACUCUCCUCGAAUUGCUGCCCUACAAUGAAGUUGUCAUCCGCGUCUUCGAUGAUCAUGAGGUUUACUCUAAAUUCGGCAUAUCACCGGUACCUAAUUUAAUAGUGCUCUUGAAUCGCUCUAUAAAACCGCUGUUCCUAACGCCCGAGAUUGAUAACAGUAAGGCUUAUGCGGGUGCCAUAAGGCAAUUUCUUGUGUUUGCCGACCAUAAACCGCAUAAACCCUUACCAAAAACCCUGCCCACCAACAUCAAUGAGGCCUUGCGAUACGAGAUUUUGGAGCAUCAUAAGCAUCGACGAUCUCAUCGGGUAUAUCGAGCAGAUCUGGAACGGGCCAUUAAUCAAAUCCUUAAAGUUGAACUGCGCAGAACAUCAAACUUUAUUGGCAUUAAGCUAAGUGUCCUGAACAAUUUUCUAAGGCUGAUAUACUACCUAAGUCCUCUAAAACCAGAGGCAAAAGAAAAACUAUACAGUCUAUAUAGUAAGACCAAAAUUAAAACUAGACUUACCGGGGUUAGUUUAGAGGAAUUGGUCUUCAAAGCAUUGAGGAACUACCCAUUUGAUGGAAAUCACUAUAUUGGCUGCAUUGCUUCUCAACCUUUUUUGCGCGGUUUCAGCUGCUCCCUUUGGACACUAUUUCACUAUCUCACCGUGGAGUCGAACUUCAAAUCGGGUGCUGUCGUUCAAGUCUUCAAUGCCUAUGUCAAAUUCUUCAUGGACUGCAAGGACUGCGUUGACAAAUUAAAGGAGUUUAAGAAGCUCCGGCCACUUCGUAACGUAAGGUCCCAUGACCAGGAGGUUUUAUGGCUUUGGAAACUACACAAUUUUAUAAACAAGCAGUUGGCCGGUGAUUCUACUGAGGAUCCGCAAUUCCCGAAGAUUCAGUUCCCUAGCGAAAAGGAUUGUCCCAACUGUCGAGACAACCAAUCUGAGUGGCGCACUGAAGAAGUGCUAAAAUAUCUGAAGAACAUCUAUUCCUUAAAAAACCUUAGUUGGUUCGGAAUGGCAUCUGCUAAAGCUUACACUUAGGUACUCUUAUUUGGAAAAAUUACUACUUUGCAUUUGCUUUUUAUAUUUA